AUGCCCAUACCGACAACUAUGAAGGCACGCGAACCAGCAGCCUCGAUUAGCUACAACUACAACUACAACUACAACUACAACUACAACUUCAACUAUACUACUACUAUAAUUAUUAUUACUAUUAUCUUCUACUACACUAUAUACUAUCUUCUACUAUUCACUCUUCACACUGUCAUCACCCCUCACACAGCCACAGAAACCCUUGCCAAACCAACUGCCUGCAAAGACAAACAGCAAAAACACCUUUUUGUAGAUUCAGACAAUGAACAGCCAGACACAGACAACCUGCUCACAGAACUGAACCAAGUCAAGCUCGAACUUCAAGGCUUCAAAGCUGACUGA